CCAUCCAUCCAUCCAUCCAUCCAUCCAUCCAUCUUCUCCAGGAGAAGAACGACAAAGGGGACGCGGACCUAAAGAAGAUAAAGAACCAAAGGGGAGACAGAAACCCAAUGGAGAAAAAGAACCAAAGGAGAGACAGGAACCUAAAAGAGGAGAAGAACGACAAAGGGGACGCGGACCUAAAGAAGAAAAAGAACCAAAGGAGAGACAGGAACCUAAAAGAGGAGAAGAACGACAAAGGGGACGCGGACCUAAAGAAGAAAAAGAACCAAAGGAGAGACAGGAACCUAAAAGAGGAGAAGAACGACAAAGGGGACGCGGACCUAAAGAAGAUAAAGAACCAAAGGGGAGACAGAAACCCAAUGGAGAAAAAGAACCAAAGGAGAGACAGGAACCUAAAAGAGGAGAAGAACGACAAAGGGGACGCGGACCUAAAGAAGAUAAAGAACCAAAGGGGAGACAGAAACCCAAUGGAGAAAAAGAACCAAAGGAGAGACAGGAACCUAAAAGAGAUAAAGAACCAAAGGGGAGACAGAAACCCAAUGGAGACAAAGAACCAAAGGGGAGACGGGAACCUAAAAGAGAUAAAGAACCAGAGGGGAGACAGAAACCCAAAGGAGAUAAAGAAGCAAAGGGGAGACAGGAACCCAAAAGAGGAAAUGGAACAAUGA